UACUCUUAACCCUAACUGAUAUUUUUAACGGAUUGGUGAGACUUUUGAAUUUUUAAAUCUCACGGGUGUGACUUUGAGAACGCACUUAAAAUUGGGUGGGAAAUAGUCCUUUGGCCAUUUAAGGACUUUGAUUUAUUUGAUAGAUGAAUGAUGGUUUUGAUUGACGUUCGUUGUGGAGCUUGUAGUAUGAUAUUUUUUUAACUGCAAUUUAUUGGAGCAAGUGAUUUGAUUAUGUGGGUAUGGUGAAGUUUGAGAUUAUUCGGAUUUUGAAGCUUGUUAAUCUUUUGAGUUGUGAUGUAGUUGGUCAUGCUGGAGUCUUGGAUUCGGAUACACUUGUUUGCUAUUUGUGUUUUUCUGUUUUAUUCAUGGUUUGGAGCAAUAAAUUGGAUAUGAAAAUCUCUGUAAUGUGGUGAGGGUUACUUUGAAGGAAAUGCACUGUGGAUGUGUUUACUUCGUGGGGUAAAAUAGAUUGAAACUAAAAGAUUUUUAAUGGAAAUUAUUAAGAGCCGGCAUUCAUUAGUAGAAGUGACAGCAAGAAUUUACCACACCGUUUGCUGAUGCCGUAUGUUUUAUUGUUGUAUGACUAAAUCAUUCUUCUGAAUUAGUAGUGGUGAAAGUGCAUAAUGUAGUAUGUAUAUGUAAGAUGAAAAGUGAUAAACUAUAAGGGUAUUGCAGAUGGUUAAAGUGGAUAUAAUAAUAUUAAAGGUUCUAAAUGAUACUGACAUCUCCACCUUCAGUAAGCCAUGAGAUUGGGUUGGUCACUGAAAAUGUGAAAUUGUAGUAGUGCAUUACUGGAUGUUUCAAUGUGUCAUGACUGCUGGGUUAUAAUAUAAGAGAUGAAGGCUCUUCACUUGUUAAAGAUAUAUUAUGCUUUCUAUAGACAGCUAAUAUUUACGAGUUUUAGUUGAAGAUAUGGCUGGUGGUGCUGGCCCAAGUUUGUAUCCAUUGCAUCGCUGCAAGACUCUUCAUCUGGUGAGGCAUGCGCAAGGAAUUCACAAUGUUGAGGGAGAUAAGAGCUUCAAAGCAUAUAUGUCCCCUGAAUAUUUUGAUGCACGCCUAACACAACUUGGCUGGCAACAGGUUGAAAAUCUGCGUAAGCAUGUCCAUGAUUCUGGGCUCUCAAAGCGGAUUGAUUUAGUAAUCGUGUCUCCCUUGCUUUGGGCUCUGCAAACAGCUGUUGGAGUUUUUGGUGGUGAGGCCUAUAAGGACAGGAUGGGUGUAGUACAGCUAAUGGUGGCAAAUUCUGGAAACAGUGGACGUGCUGCAAUUUCAAGCCUAAACUGUCCACCAUUCAUCUCAGUUGAACUUUGUCAGGAACAUUUGGGAGUUCAUCCUUGUGAUAAGAGGAGAAGCAUCAGUGAAUAUCAGUUUCUCUUUCCUGCUGUUGAUUUUUCCCUGGAAAAAAGUGAUGAAGAUGUAUGGUGGAAGGCCAAUGUUACAGAUACAAAGGAAGAAGUUGCUGCUAGGGGAUUGAAGUUCUUGAACUAGUAUACGCAUUGUACACUGGUGCAUGGGGCUCUAUAUCAAAACCACCUCCUGAACAAAUAUAACCUACAGAGACUGCAGACUGUGAACCCAUAAAAAACCUUUUACGUGAGGUUAUGGUCAUCCAGGAUAAUUACCAAAAUAUCUGAUGUCUCGAUAUUAGUUAAAUAGAUAACUGAUUGAUAAAGUGCGGUGGUCGUUCUCAUGGUCGUGAAAACAGGACUGGGCCAGCUCAACCGGGACCCAGUGGGCAGUUCA